CUGAGUCUUGCAGGAAGAGAGGUACUUCUGAAAGUGGAGGAAAGAUGUUCCAAGCAGACGAAGAAGCCCCAUGUGCCACUCCCCUGAUCUGCAGCUUUGGGAGGCCAGUGGACCUGGAGAAGGAUGACUACCAGAAGGUGGUUUGCAACAAUGAACACUGCCCCUGCAGCACCUGGAUGCACCUGCAGUGCUUCUACGAGUGGGAGAGCAGCAUCCUUGUCCAGUUCAACUGCAUCGGCCGGGCCCGCAGCUGGAACGAGAAGCAGUGCCGCCAGAACAUGUGGACGAAGAAGGGCUACGACCUGGCCUUCCGCUUCUGUUCCUGCCGCUGUGGCCAGGGCCACUUAAAAAAGGACACGGACUGGUACCAGGUAAAGCGGAUGCAGGACGAGAAAAAGAAGAAGUCUGGCUCGGAGAAGAACACAGGGAGGCCUCCUGGUGAGGCUGCGGAGGAGGCAAAAAAGUGCAGACCCCAAAAUAAGCCCCAGAAAGGCCCGAGCCACGACCUCCCGCGACGGCAUUCCAUGGACCGGCAGAACUCCCAGGAAAAAGCAGUCAGUGCCACAACCUACGGCACCCGCUCCCCCUGUGGCUCCCCUGGCCAGUCUCCACCCACAGGCUACUCCAUCCUCUCCCCGGCCCACUUCAGCGGCCCCCGCUCCUCCAGAUACCUUGGGGAGUUCUUAAAGAAUGCCAUCCACCUUGAGCCUCACAAAAAGGCCAUGGCAGGAAGCCACGUGUUCAGAAAUGCUCACUUUGAUUAUAGUCCGGCUGGGUUGUCGGUCCACAGGGGGGGACACUUCGAUGCCCCCGUACAGUUCCUGCGGCGGCUGGACCUCUCCGAGCUCCUCACUCACAUCCCCAGGCAUAAGCUGAACACUUUCCAUGUGCGGAUGGAAGAUGAUGCCCAAGUGGGCCAGGGGGAGGAUCUGCGGAAGUUCAUUCUGGCUGCCCUCAGUGCCAGCCACAGAAACGUUGUAAACUGUGCUCUGUGCCAUCGGGCGCUCCCGGUAUUCGAACAGUUCCCGCUGGUGGACGGAACUCUGUUCUUAAGCCCAUCGAGACACGAUGAGAUCGAGUAUGAUGUUCCUUGUCACCUUCAAGGGAGACUCAUGCACCUGUAUGCGGUGUGUGUGGACUGCCUGGAGGGGGUUCACAAGAUCAUCUGCAUCAAGUGUAAGUCUCGGUGGGAUGGCAGCUGGCACCAGUUGGGCACCAUGUACACUUACGACAUCCUGGCUGCCUCUCCAUGCUGUCAGGCCCGCCUGAACUGUAAGCACUGUGGGAAGCCCGUGAUCGACGUGCGGAUCGGGAUGCAGUACUUCUCUGAGUACAGCAACGUCCAGCAGUGUCCACACUGUGGGAACCUCGACUACCAUUUCGUGAAGCCAUUCUCCUCCUUCAAAGUUCUUGAAGCUUAUUGAUGAAAGCUUUGCUUUAGUAAUAGCUAUUUUAUUGAUAUUAUUACUUUAUUACAUAUCUUUUAUAGGGAAACAUUCUGUGACAUUAAUUUCUUUUCUAAUUUAAAGGAGAGCUACUUUGUGUAUGUGCGCCACUAAAGUGGGGGCUGCCCUUUGCCCUGUCUUGACUCCCAAGUGUUAGUCUUCGGUUGUGACCAGAGCCCAGAUGAGUGAUCCUGUGAGUUUGGGUUGGGGUUUAUUCUCACCAAGAGUCUCUGAUGCAGCUGCAAGGUGGCAGGAAGAUGGGGUCAGUUUAGGAGCAGGGUUAUGUGGUUCUAAACUAAAAGCAUGAGAGGAGUUAGAAAGAGACUCCUACUAAAAGGUUAACUUUCUAAAUGCCCCUUUUAGAUCUUCCUUGGGCCUUGGGAAAAACAUGUGACCAGUGAAUGUAAGUCUGUGCCUGGAGAGCUAAUAGCAUAUUAGCCUUUCUUGGCUUAGUGAUCUGCAGCACACGUGGACAGUGCAGUUUACUCAUACUGACAGAUGAUUUGAAAGUGGCACGAGUGCUGUUGCUAUCACUGUUGUAAUUUAACAGUUUGUCAUACUGAAAAUAAUAUUCAAAUUCUAAGACACAUAUGAAAGCAAUGGAUGUUGCAAAUAUUUUUAGGUUAGCUGACCUAUAACAAAGAAUAUAUGAAACGAACUUGGAAAUAAUGCGUGCUGACUCAAGGGCAAAAAGGCAGAACUCUGUCAUUUGAAUUGUGUCUUUGAAGUUGGCCAAAAUAGCUCUUAAAGAGAAUCCAUGAAUAACAUGAUUUGAGCAGUGAGGAUUUAUUACAAGUUGCACUGCCAAAGUGUCAUUUGGUGUCAGAUUCUUUUCACAGGUCAGUCUCACAGUGACAAAAUCUAACUAGUGAGCUUCAGAACCAAUAAUUACCACACUUAUUGUCCCCAGAAUUACUUAUGGCCACGUUUAACCCAUUUAAUGCUGGGUUUCCAAAAUCAAAGAUUUGACCUUAGGAAGAAAAGGAAAAAAAUAGUUUGAGAGGAUGAUGAAGAAAAUAAUAUUUCUUUUAAAAGUUUGUUUUAUUUGGAAAAUCAUUGACUAUACUGCAUAGCAGAAUGUUUGAAAAAUAGAUCAUUCUAAAGAGUCCCGUGACACCUUACUGUUGAGGAAAAACUGAUUAUAUAUAGAACUUGCUUAGUCAGAGUAUUGGGCAUUCCAAAAUUCGCCUUCUGUUCAGUAGAUCUUAGUGAUUUACAUAGACUGACAUUCUGUACCCUUAUAGAAUUGGAAUGUGACUUCUCAAAAAUGAAUUUGGUAAUUUCAUGUAUGCUAUGCUUAUAUGCUGAAGGAAUGCAGAAAAUAUAAAAAUUUUAUGGAUAGCCAAAUUUGGGAUUGGUGUGAACAUUUUAUAUUACUUAUUUGAUUUAUACCAUUUUUCCCCACAGUGUGGAUUUUCCUCUCAGAAGUGUUUAGACAUUAUUGCGAGUCUCAGUUCUAUAUGAAAUGUUUGAUAUUUUGUUUGAAACAACACAGCAUUAAAGAACCAAUGCAUUGACUAAUA